GUCGCUCACGUUCCCGGCGACGGGGUUUGUACGCCGCGGGCACCCGUCGCAGCGCGCUUCCGCCUUCUUUCACCUGUGAGGUCGGCCGCCGCCGUGACUCCGGAAGGACUCGGCCGGGCCGCCGGAUGUGACGCAGGGGCCAGGGCGCGUCGGAGCCGCUGAGAAAGCGCAGAGAAGGCGGGCCCCGUCUGAGGUCUGGCAGUCAGAGACAGCCGGGCGCCCACGGCCCGAGCGCCCACGGCAGCACCAUGCCCGCACUCCUGGAGCGCCCCAAGCUUUCCAACGCCAUGGCCAGGGCGCUGCACCGGCACAUUAUGAUGGAGCGGGAGCGCAAGCGGCAGGAGGAAGAAGAGGUGGAUAAGAUGAUGGAACAGAAGAUGAAGGAAGAACAGGAGAGAAGAAAGAAAAAGGAGAUGGAAGAGAGAAUGUCACUAGAGGAGACCAAGGAACAAAUUCUGAAGUUGGAGGAGAAGCUUUUGGCCCUACAGGAAGAGAAGCACCAGCUUUUCCUGCAGCUCAAGAAAGUUUUACAUGAGGAAGAAAAACGGAGGCGAAAGGAACAGAGUGACCUGACCACCCUGACAUCAGCUGCAUACCAGCAGAGCCUGACUGUUCACACAGGAACUCAUCUCCUCAGCAUGCAGGGGAGCCCUGGAGGACACAAUCGCCCAGGCACCCUCAUGGCAGCUGACAGAGCCAAACAAAUGUUUGGACCCCAAGUGCUUACGACCCGGCACUACGUGGGCUCAGCAGCUGCUUUUGCAGGGACACCAGAGCAUGGACAAUUCCAAGGCAGUCCUGGUGGUGCCUAUGGGACUGCUCAGCCCCCACCUCACUAUGGGCCCACACAGCCAGCUUAUAGUCCUAGUCAGCAGCUCAGAGCUCCUUCGGCGUUCCCUGCAGUGCAGUACCUAUCUCAGCCACAGCCACAGCCCUAUGCUGUGCAUGGCCACUUUCAGCCCACUCAGACAGGUUUCCUCCAGCCUGGUGGUGCCCUGUCCUUGCAAAAGCAGAUGGAACAUGCUAACCAGCAGACUGGCUUCUCCGACUCAUCCUCUCUGCGCCCCAUGCACCCCCAGGCUCUGCAUCCAGCCCCUGGACUCCUUGCUUCCCCCCAGCUCCCUGUGCAGAUGCAGCCAGCAGGAAAGUCGGGCUUUGCAGCUACCAGCCAACCUGGCCCUCGGCUCCCCUUCAUCCAACACAGCCAGAACCCGCGAUUCUACCACAAGUGACCAUCAGAUUAUAUCUUCAACACCACACCCCCCACCCCAUCGUGGGUGAGGGUACCCCCUGUGUGUCCCAGGCCAAUAAAAUCUACCUGCCACUGCC